CGGAUGUACAAUACUAGUCAGGCCAGGGUCAGUUCUGCGUUGCGGCUGCUACAAGCUAGCAGUAACAGGGGGAAAAAUGUCUCCGUCCUUGUUCAAUUUCAUCGAUGCUAAAGACAAAUUUACUGCUUCGACCCUAAGUGCACUGACUAAUAAAAACAGCAAACCUUUGAUCAGCGCAUUCAACCAGAUCACUGGGAAUGAGUUAGAGAAGAAAACCACGUUCGACCAAGCUCUGAGGGGUGUGUUGGAAGAGCAAAUUGUAGAACAGAAAGCAAGUUGUGAUGACUUCCUUUCUCUCAUCUAUCUCAGCAUUGAUGGAGUCACGGAAGGGAUCUGUUCGGCUACUACGCCUUUCCUCUUGUUGGGAGAUGUGUUGGACUGCCUUCCUCUGGACCAAUGUGAUAAGAUAUUCUCCUUUGUUGAAGAAAAUGUAUCUACCUGGAAAUCGAACUCCUUCUAUACGGCCGGGAAGAACUACUUAUUGAGGAUGUGUAAUGAUCUGCUGAGGAGACUGUCCAAGUCUCAGAACACAGUGUUCUGUGGGAGAAUCCAGCUGUUCCUGGCUCGCCUGUUCCCCCUGUCUGAGAAAUCAGGUUUGAAUUUGCAGAGCCAGUUCAACCUGGACAACAUCACAGUCUUCAACAAAAAUGAACAAGAGAGCACUCUUGGGCAGAAGCACACAGAGGAGAGGGAGGAUGGCAUGGAGGUGGAGGAGGGGGAGAUGGGAGACGAGGACGCCCCUGCGCCAUGCUCCAUUCCCAUCGACUACAACCUCUACAGAAAGUUCUGGACCCUCCAGGACUAUUUCCGAAAUCCUGUGCAGUGCUAUGACAAGUUCUCGUGGAUGACGUUCCUCAAGUAUUCAGACGAGACGUUGGCAGUGUUCAAGAGCUUCAAACUAGACGACAUGCAGGCCUCUAAGAGAAAGCUGGAGGAGCUCAGGACCUCUGGCGGAGAUCACGUCUACUUUGCUAAGUUCCUCACCAGUGAGAAGCUGAUGGACCUCCAGCUGAGCGACAGCAACUUCAGAAGGCACAUCCUCUUGCAGUAUCUCAUCCUCUUCCAGUACCUGAAAGGCCAAGUCAAAUUUAAAAGCUCUGGCUGUGCCUUGAAUGAUGACCAGUCUGCGUGGAUGGAGGAGACCACCAAACUGGUUUACCAGCUCCUGAGAGAGAUCCCACCCGAUGGAGACAAAUUUGCCACAAUGGUUGAGCAUAUCCUGAACACGGAAGAGAACUGGAACUCUUGGAAAAACGAGGGAUGCCCAAGCUUUGUUAAAGAAAGACCAGCAGAAGACAAACCCAAGAGGCCCACAAGGAAACGGCAAGCUCCAGAGGACUUUCUGGGAAAGGGCCCUGAUCGGAAGGUCUUCAUGGGAAACGAUGAGUUGACCAGACUGUGGAACCUCAACCAUGACAACAUGGAGGCCUGCAAAUCUGACAGCAGGGAGUUUAUGCCAUCCCUGGAGGAGUUCUUCGAGGAAGCCAUCGAACAAGCCGACCCCGUCAACAUGGUGGAGGAAGAGUACAAGGUGGUGAGGAACUCCAACUACGGCUGGAGAGCUCUCCGCCUGCUGUCCAGGAGGAGCCCGCACUUCUUCCAGCCCACCAACCAGCAGUUCAAGAGCCUCGCAGACUACCUGGAGAGCAUGGUCAUCAAACUGGCCAAGGAGCUCCCUAAGGACCUCCCCUCCGAGGAGAUCAAGACUGGGGAGGAGGACGACGACGACAACGGAGACAACCUUCUCAAAGAGAGCAACGACAGCCCAAGCAUGCAGAGCAAGCUGGUUUCCAACCAGCAGAUGGAUGAGAUCGCAGCCAAGCUGGGGGCUCAGUGGAAGGCCCUGGCGGUCCAGCUAGAGAUGAAGGCGGUGGAGGUGCGGGAGAUCGAGACAGACAGCGAGGACGUGGAGAUGCAGGCCAAGCUGCUGCUGGUGGCCUGGCAGGAUCGGGAGGGGCCCCAGGCCACCGUGGAGAACCUGGUCACUGCCCUCAACACAGCUGGCUUCUCCCAGAUGGCAGAUAACCUCAAUGAGGCAUGAACUGUUGAGGCUGUUUCGUUGUUUUAAUUGGCUCCAUGUCAGUACACUCACUUUAGGUUAAAAAAAAAAAAAAAGAAAGUGACACUUUUUGUAUGUUCAACCUCAAGGGACUAAUCGUUUUCCUUUCUUCAAAUAAAGAUGUUUUUUUAGAGA